AUGGCAGACCUGUGGAAGAAACGCCGGGAGAAGAUGGUGUCAGCGGGGCUCGCCAACAAGCAGCGACGCUUUAGCAAGCUGGAUUUGACCGCCAUCAUUCUGGAGAAGGCAAGCGCGGCAUCUAUCCUUCAGAACAAUCUGGCCGCAACUUUGCGAGCCAUUAUCUGUAGCGGUCCGUCCAAGACGACAUGUGCGCCUUUGGUUACUGGACCCACGAAUUCGGUGAAAACCACUUUGUUUCUUCCUUUCGACGAGGUCUUUGGGUUUCGUCGGAUCUUCCGCAAGCCGGCGCUUGGUAGUAAGUUUGCCUUGCGCAAUAUUCUUCGUGACAAGCGGUUCUUGUUCUUCGAUGUUUCCGGCCAGAGGAGUACGCGCAAGAGACGUUGCCCGUCUCAACAUUUAAUUAUAGUCUCUUUCAAGGGCAGCCUCUGGAAGUCCAGGUGUCCCAAGCCUUUCACGAUGGUAAUGUGGACUUCGAGUGGCACCGAGGCUGCAUCAUGA